UACGUCCUUAUGUUCCUUUUCUAGCGAAACUCCGCACUCUCUCUGUUAGAAGUACGAAUUCGAUUCACCUAGUGAAGCAUGAACACCACCCACCAGAUGUUCGGCUAAAUUCCCGUGAGAAAAUUAUGGGCAAGAAACGAGGAGGCGGAAGGUCCACCAAUCAGACAGCGUCGCACAGCAGUUCGAUCACGCUGAGAGAAGAGACCACCGGUCGAAAGCAACCCAGCAAGGGGGAGGCUCACGCUAAUCCCAAGUCCAUCUUGAAGCUCCAGCACCUGCGGAAGUUAGCAGAAUGGACGGGCCGAGAAGCGUCAAUUCCCUCGCUGAGCGCCUUUUUCGGACGUCGUUUGGCCUCUGUUGGAGAGUCCCUGAGGGUUCCACCUGACCCUUCUCUUGUUUCUUGCCAAAGAUGCGAAACUGUUUUACAACCUGGCUACAAUUGCACCAUUCGGAUUGAGAAGAAUAGACCAAAAUCACAGCGCAGACGCAGGAAACCCUUCAAUGCAACUCAGAACGUUGUUGUAUACAUGUGCCACUUUUGUUCACAUAGGAAUCUGAAACGAGGUACUGAUAAAGGCCACAUGAAAGAGUUAUGUCCCAUGAAAGCCAAAUCAACUUCCCAACUGAAACCUCCACAAUCUGAGCCUCUGGUGUCUUGUGGCCAAAGCAUGGGAAGUGGACGUGGGGAUGAGACCAAGGAAGCAAGCCAGAUGAGUUCACCUGCAGUUAAGGUCGACACGCUUGCCAAAGUCAGUCCUCCAACUCCAUUGACAAAGACUUUGCUUGAUGGGAAGAGGCAAAAGAGGAGUAGAUCAGGGGCCAAGAGGCAGACUCAACCUGAAAGUGCAGAUGCAGAAGCAACUGCCGGUGCUUCCAGCAAAAGGAGGAGAAAAUCUUGGACGAGCUUAAAGGAAAUAGCCGAGAGCAGCGAACACGGCACCAGUAGAAAUAUUGCUAGUUUAAAGAUUCCAUUUUGUAUAUGAACAGGGGUUGUCUUAUGAUUGUUUGAUUGUUUUUGGAAGAUGAAAUUUAGAAAAGGAAAGAUCAAAUUUCUUGCUCA